AUGCUUCUACAUAAAGUUGUUGUCAAAAUGGCGGAACCAAACUGGAUUGUAGCCACGCUAACAUGCGCGGUCAACAUGACCUUGUCCCUGUGUCUGGCCAGCAGGAAAACCCCAGUGCCCCAGUGGAGCAGAGGUCGAGGUUUCUACAUUCUCUGGUACCCGCUCCACCAAUCGUUCUCUGUGCUUCUGAGUAUUAUCUUCGGCUGGACCCUGAGCGCCAUUUUGACAGCCACUGGAGCUAUCACUGAUGACCCAACAGAUCCCAAAUACAUGGCCAGAACUGACGCCAGGUCAAACAUCAUUGAACAGACAGACUGGUUCACUGUACCGUACCCAGGAAAGUUUGGAACCUUCUCCAUCAGUACCGCCGUUGUUAUUAGCUGCCUGGGUCAAACGUUUGUAUCAGUCCUGGACUCAAUCGGAGACUACAGCACUUGCGCUAAGGCGUGUCGUGUUCCACCUCCUCCAAUGUCUGCCUACAACAGAGGUAUUGCUGUAGAAGGUCUGAUGAACAUCCUUAGUGGACUCAUCGGGAGUUGCCACCACACAGUGUCCUCUGGCAGCAGCAUAGGCAUUCUCAGAAUUACUAGGGUUGCAAGCCGGAGGGUUCUGCAGUGUUGUGGCAUUAUCUACAUCCUGUUGGCUUUCUUUGGGAAAGCUGCAGCUGUAUUCAUCACUUUGCCGAACCCAGUUCUUGCCGGGAUUACCUUCCUUGUCAGUGGACUGUUUGUGGGUUUUGUGAUGUCCUUACUCCAGAUGAUUGACUUGAACUCUACCCGCAAUCUGGCCAUCAUUGGCACAUCCAUCAUGCUGGGACUGAUGUUGCCACAUUGGGCUAAUACCAGACCUGGAGUUCUAGAUACAGGUAUCCCAGAACUCAACAGUUUCCUCUUGGCUGUUGUAACAAACCCAGCUGUUGUUGGAGGGGUUUAUGCUUGUGUCAUGGAUAAUGUCAUUCCGGGUUCCCUAACAGAGAGAGGCCUACUGCAUCAGAUCAAGGACCUGGACGACGAAGACGCAAAACGUCUGGCCAAGUCGUACGAUGACGGGCCGGAAGUUUACAGACUUCCCUUUAUCCCUUCAUCUUUCUACCGGUUCAGAUUAGUCAAGUAUUUUCCUAUCUUUGAUUAUACGGGGAAGUAA